UGUUUUUGAAGUAUUUGGAAGGCAUGUUCAGCAAAGUCGCAACACUCCCAGUGCCAGGCUCACCAAUUAAUGUAGAUUCACCGCAACGCCGUGAAUUUUUAGCGGAAGGCCUUCCAAAACAAUUUGAUAGAAAUAUUUUAGGCCAUGGGUCGUAUGGAACAGUGAUAAAAGCCGUGUACAAAGAUAAACAAGUUGCUGUGAAAGUUAUUGAUAAAUUGAACGCUGAAAAACUAUCGACAAUUGCAAACGAAGCUAAUAUCCUGGGCUGGCAUCAUGAAAAUAUAAUAGAAAUCCUGAAGAUCGAUUCCGGUCCUAGGGAGGCAGUUGUGAUUAUGGAGCGAUUUCCUGGUCAAUGUCUGCAGCACAUCCUAGAAAGGCAGAAACUACCACUGUAUCAUAUCAUUCGAAUAUCUGCGGACAUCAUAAAAGCGCUUUGUUACUGCCAUGAUCGAAAUCUCCUUCAUUUGGAUGUUAAACCGAAAAAUGUCCUUGUCGCAAUUUUCGGAAGCAAGGGCCCGGCUGAAAAGUUAUAUCAAUGCAAACUAUGCGACUUUGGCUCUUCGAUGGUCACCGCCAGUAGUAAAAAGCAAACAUCUCCACGAGGAACUAUCAGAUAUAUGGCCCCCGAACUUUUAAGAAAUGAACAACCAACUACGAAGGCUGACAUCUAUUCACUGGGUAUCACAAUGUGGCAACUAAAAGUGCGCAAGGACCCCUAUUUCUGGAUAAUGGAGAACCAAUCAGUCGUAUAUAAAGUGGUAAAAGAGAAUAUGCGCCCUGACGACAAAUCGAUGUGCAAAAAUAGAAAUAUUUUAAGUCCAAUAACCCUCAACAAUUGUCCCUGUAGACAUUCCGGAUCAGAACAGUUCGAUCAUUGCAUCGAAACUGCUAAGCCCUUAAAACUACUUCAAAAUCGUCACAAAACUACCUCCCCUGCCACGGGGAGAGACAAACUAAGUAUCCUGUUUUCGAACAUUAGUAAGAGAUUCAAUUCUUUGACUCCUCAAAAAUGCACUAAUUCUGGAAGCAAGCAAUUUUCAGCCAUUAGUCAAGUAAAGAAAACUCUUUUUGAAAGUGUCAUUAUAAAAGUAAAUUCGGAAGCCAUUGAUGAAGAUUACGAACUCACAAAAAUAUUCCGAGAAAAGUUUACGAAGCACAAAAAGCGAGUGGAAGUGCUCUUUGAAAAUUUGUAUGAAAAUUGCUGGGACACCGACCCAGCCAAACGUCCCGAAAACUCAGCUGUGAAUAGCUCCUUAAUUGCGCUUUUAAAAUAUUUUGAGUAACAUUAUUUUAUUCCAAUAUUUUUAUUUUAGUUUUGUACAGUAACAGUUCAAGGGUUUUAUGUAAUUUAAUCAUACAAUAUUUUAGUUUGUUUACACCUCUUAAGAAUAUGUAUUUCCAGAAGCAAAAACAAUGUCAUUGUAGGUUUCUACAUACUCAUAAUUUUAAA